UGUCAGAGAUAUGAUGACCUGCUGUGGGAAGUCCGUCUGGCACCGUGUGGUGAGGUCUUCUGCUGCUGUGGUUAGUUCAUUUACAACACUAGAAGAACUGUUUUCUAUGAGGAUUUUUUACAGCAGUUUUGUUUACGUCUUCACUUCGGCUUUACGGACCGUGGUAACGAUCUAAUACAUCCAUGGUAACGGUCGCUAUUCAUCAGUUGGUCGUUGUUGCCACGGUUGACAGUUAGUUCAGCGAUACAGUAGUAGCUUCGGGCUAUUUUAACCUUUUUAAAGUGUUGUUACUUCAUGGAAAUGCGAGGAAAUUCACAACAUAUUGUGUGUUUAUUUUCCAGUCAGCUCGUCUUAAGUGUACAGGACUCAACAUACAGACUUGAUACUAGUAUAUAUCAAGCUAAAAAGCUGUUCGUUUAACUUGUGUAGUGACUAUGUGGCUAGCUCUCACUUCAUCAGUGAAUCAUGACGUCAUGAGAGACAGUUUUAACAGAAAGUGAAAGACCAACAACUUCUACUUUACAACAUGUUAUUCACAAGACAACGAACAAGUGGACAGACUGUUUGCGGACCCAUCGCUGAGAGGCUGCAAACAUGCUUUUAACGGCAUAAUAACUCUGUUGUGUGUGAUUCCACAUUCCUCCAUGCCUUUGUUGGCAUCUAAUGGAAGAAAAAGCACCCAUCAGGUCUGCCAUGGUAUCCAGACUGCCUAAGUUCGGUGGACGCUCCUCGUCUGGUGGCGCUAGCCCCUUGUCCAACGGUUACACACAGCCAACCACCCCUACCCAGGAUGCUAAAACCACUCCCGCUGGAACACGCCCAAAUGGCAUAAUCCGUGCCUCUUCUUUUUCCCUGAAAUGGAAGAAAGAUGAGGUGACGACCCCCUCGAGCCUCACCACCCCGACUAGCCUUGGGGAUGGAGUUGAAGACAAGGCUCUGGCACAGCUUCCCUCUCUGACAAAGGAGGUAAAGAAUGGCUCCCCAGCUACACCCAAGAUGAGGAGAUCAGGUGCUUUAAUGGUGGCCGUCUCCAGUCCGAAGUCCAUCCCCAAGCAAUCCAUGAAGUUGAGUCCCCAAGUAGGGACCAAGCUAGGCCAAAGCCCACUGAAUGGAGGUCCUAAAAUGGGCCUUAAUGGCUCCAGCAUUCCUGCUCGAACAGGGUCAGAGUCCCGCCUUGUGCGGCCAAAGUUGGACUCCAGCUCUCCUAGAAGUAGCUCUCAAGACAGCCUGUCCCAGUCCAGUGACAGCCUGAAGACAUUGGAUCUGGACAACAUGGUGCGGUCGAACAGCUUCACUCACUUCAAGCAGAUUCCCUCGCCCACCAGCCAGCCUAUGAUACGGUCCUUCUCUUUUAACCGGGCUGUGGAGCUAGCCAAGCCUCUGGCAAACACUCAGCUGCGGACUCCUCGGAGUAGUUUCCUCAAACCCCCUCAGCUAAGCAAUGGAAGAGUGGGUUUAGGACUCGGAGGCCUGAAUGGUAGCAUUGGAGGUUCAGGAAGUCUAGGUGGAGGACUUGGAGGACUUCAGUACAGUAGAACUCCUUCAGCUGCCUCCUCCCUGCCCACCCUCUCGGUCCCUCCAGCACCCACUACUCCCAGCGCUCUGAGGAAAUCUCUGCUCCCCAGUUGUGUGCUGACCAAAUCACUGGGCAGCAGUGGGUCUUUGGGCUUUAGGCUGGCUCGAUCUGGACAGGCCAAGCCUCUUUUGCCAGGUAGGAUCAAGGGGGAUAUCAGACCUUCAGCUGCCCCUGAAUGUGCAGGGCUAUUAGGGAUAGCAAUAGACACUGAGCGGACUGGUGAAGCUGACAAAGCAGACUCACACAGUGACAGUGACGGAAGCUCGGGAGCUGGAAAAGGAGGAGAAAGUGGUGUGCUCAGGAAGAGCUCUGGCCAGACAGCAGGCGAGACUCUGGAGGACAUGUCCUUAUCUUCUGCCUCAUCUCUUGACAGAGGCGACACCAGUGAAGAGUUUCUAGAUGACUUUGACUUUGUGGGAGAUGUGUUCAGUGAUGGGGACCUGCCUGACAACAGGAAAACUGGCAGCGCUACUCAAACACGCUUACACAGCUUUCUCAAUGAGACCCUGGACUGGGACUCUAUUGAUCUUGCAGGACAUAAAGAUGAUAGCCCUAUGCAGGACUCCCAGGGACCACUGGUGUUGUCUUCAGAGCCGGGUGAUGUCCUUCAGGCUUCAUCUGUGGAGCUGUCGCCCUCCAACAGCUCUGGUGGAACCUACAUGUGGGAUGAGGAUGGUCUUGAGCCCCUUGGGGGGCCUGGGACACAUCUAUGUGACGGCUAUGAUGAUUCAGAGCUCAACAGCAUGGAUAUCCUGAACAACCUGGACCCUCCGGGAACUGGAGAGUUGGACGAUGAUGACCUCAUGCUGGAUGUGGACCUCCCAGAGGAUGGCUUGCAUGACGCUGACAGGAUGUCUCACUUUGAGCGCUCAGAGAGGGCCGGUCGGCAGGGCCAGCGGCGUAGACACCAACGCUGGAGUGGACCUGAUCACUUCUACAAUGAUAGCAGGGCCCAUGUCGUCCAGCACUACGAUGGUUUCAAGGCUUCGAGGAUCUCUUCGCGGCCCGUCCCCUCUGAAGGCAGGCAGCAUGGCUACAUGGCGAUGCUGGAUGAACUCACACUCGAACACGCGACUCAGGACUGCAGCUCGCUCAAGAACCAGCUGCUCAGACUCAAAACGUUGCUACAGCUCGAGGAUACCGACCCUCCAGCGGAUGUUCCUGAAGAGAUUGAAGACAAUAGCACUGCAUCACAGUUGGAAGAGCUGAUUAAGGAAGUGCAGGUGCUCAGAGUGGAGCUGAGGAGUCGAGACAAGACCAUUGCUCAGCUCACAUUGCAGUGUCAACAGCUACAACAACAUCAGCGGGAACAAAUGCCUGCUCAAGGACGGCCGGUCAGGUGCCAGUGCCACCACCAGAGGGCUCCCUCGUCCCUACGACAGAGCGACAGACAGAUGGACAGACGGAUGCCGCAUCAGUAUGACAAGGCCACCCAGACGUACUGGAGACCACCGAGCCAUGCUCCUCAAAUACUACAGCCUUUCAACCCCUGCCUCAACGAGCUCCUCCACCAGGGAAGACUACUAAAAACUCCCCCCACCGAGGCCCACAGUGACCUCACAAGGAGUAGAUCACAGGAAGGAACGCAUAUAAACGCUGCCUGUCCUCUUGAAGACCUUAUGGCGGAUGUGUCCGGGCCAGCAAACCCCGACAAGCUGAGUCAUCUCCUCAGCACCCACCUGCGCCGCCCAGGCUCUGGGGCUCCACAGGGGGUAACUGCCAGAGACAGUCCAGCAUCAGCAGCUCAGUCUGCAGCACAGCACGAACGGAGAGCCCCCGCUGUGAUACCGCAGAGCUCUGUCACUCUUAAAUCCGCUAGUUCGACUAGCCCUCGCAUGCUGCAGCCUCCUCGCCUUCACAAGCGCGUGUCUCUCCCUGCACUCAAGCCAGGCGGCACUGGCGGCUUUGCCUUUCUGAAGCUGGGGUGUUCCUUAGGGCCUCUGGCUAACCGGACCAAGCUGCUGCCCCCUCCGUCUAGAGGCCUUCCCUGCUUUAACGCCGGACCCCAGGUUCGCUCUCCAAGUCCGUGUCGCACUUCACUGCUUCAGCCUCGCAGAGCAUCGGAGCCUUGCGGGGAUCCGCGGUACUCCGACUCCAGCCUGGAGGAGCCCGUUCAGGGGACGCUCAAAGACCCCGGGUCAACCAAGAUCCUGAUCCCUUUGAGUCGCUCGUGCCUCCCCAAGCCAAAGAUUCCCUGAGGAGCUUAAACCCACCCAUCAAAACUUCAAACUGAAAUCACCCUUGACAUUGAUAUUCCCCGCUUUCUCUCCCCAGCCACAACAACAGUGUGAUUGUUUUACCUUGAAGGAACUGAGCUCAUAAACCCAUAUGGACCAUUCAGGGACUGCCUGUGUCGCUGACAUUGGUAUUUGUGACUGCUGUAUUGUUUCUAAAUUAGCAGCUACAACUCCAACUUGACCGACAGAUCGAAAUAUAGUAUGUAGCCGAAAAAUAGCAUGUGGCAGGAUCCUAUCUUCACAACUAUUCAUAGUGGUAUAUGAGAGUUUCCAGAUUGAGGGGAAUUAUGGAGGUAGAAAUGUCCAGUUUACAAGCCUUGCACGUGAAUGCUGCUGAUGCAAAAAGUGUUACCACAGUUCAGAGAAGUCAGCUUUAGUUUUGUUUCGUAAUAUCCGCUGGCUGUUAUCAAAUUUAAAAGUCUAAGUUCACUUGCCCUCACACAGCUGUGCCCUCUGACUCACAGGUGCAUUUGGUUUUAAACAUAGAGGUGACAAAGGAUGUGACCUUUGCAGUGUAAUAGAAGUCCCAGGGGAAGAUGGAGACAAAAACAAAAAGUGGGAAAGAAAGAAAAAAAAGAAUAAAAUAACAGCAGAAGUGGAAUGAGGGGGCGGGGGGCUAGA